UGUGAUGAGGCUGCUGGAGUUAAUUCAUUCCCAGUAACGGAGCAGAGGAGCUGCAGGAGUCAGGAGCGGUGUGUUUGACAAAGUGAAGAGUUCUCCUGUGCGCACACUUUCAGGACUAACUCACUCUGAGAGGAAACGGCUUUCAACGUUUCUCCUCUUUGAUAUUAACGUAAAAAAAAAAAAAAAAACGGGACUUGACUUGAGCGUCCGGGGCGCUCCCCGGCCAGCCGCGCACUCACAGCCGCCUCUGCGCUCAUCACCUGCGGCUUGCUUCUCGCGGACCCUCCGCUGGUUGGACUUGUGGAGAAAAAAAAAGUUCCCCGUGCUGGAUGUCUGAACUUCUGGUUUAAUUGUGCGGCGGCUGAGAUGCUGCCCGUGGAGUUUGAUGCGGUUUGCGGAGGUUUCAUCCCAUAGACUGGAAAUCAUUCUCACUGUGUGUGUUUGGAUAUACCACCAGCCCGUCUCACAAAACAGUGAAGACUGAAAAAAAUCAGAGUGUAUAAUGGAGUACCGCCACACUUUGGUUCCCCUACUGGUUUUAUUUGCACUCAGAACUUUGGCAUAUGGAUCGCGGCCCAGGUUGGAGGAUGCAGCUCCACGCAUCAUAGAACACCCGUCCGACCUGAUCGUCUCCAAGGGCGAGCCCGCCACCCUUAACUGCAAGGCGGAAGGUCGACCGACCCCGAUGGUGGAAUGGUACAAAGACGGCGAGCGUGUCGAGACGGACCGGGAGGACCCUCGAUCCCACAGGAUGCUCUUACCCAGUGGCUCCCUCUUCUUCCUGCGAAUCGUACACGGGCGGCGAAGCAAACCGGACGAGGGCGUCUACGUGUGCGUGGCGCGAAACUACCUGGGCGAGGCGGUCAGUCGCAAUGCAUCGCUGGAGGUGGCAAUUCUGAGAGACGACUUCCGUCAAACGCCCAGUGAUGUGGUGGUAGCAGCAGGUGAGCCAGCCGUCAUGGAGUGCAUCCCCCCCAGAGGCCACCCUGAACCCACCAUCUCUUGGAAGAGGAACAACAUCCGAGUCAAUGACCGAGAUGAGAGGAUCACUAUCCGCGGAGGCAAGCUGAUGAUUUCCAACACCAGGAAAAGUGAUGCUGGCAUGUAUGUGUGUGUUGGAACCAACAUGGUUGGAGAGAAAGACAGUGAUCCCGCCGAACUGGUGGUGUUUGAGAGGCCAGUGUUCACCAAACAGCCGGUGAACCAGGUGGUGUUGGCAGACGAUACGGUGGACUUCUUCUGCGAGGUGCACGGAGACCCGCCACCGACUGUCCGCUGGCGGAGAGAGGAGGGAGAGUUGCCCCGGGGCAGGUUCGAGAUCCGCAGCGACAACAGCCUUCGUCUGACCCAGGUCCGAGGUGAGGACGAGGGCACUUACACCUGCGUGUCAGAGAACAGCGUGGGCAAAGCCGAAGCAUCGGGUACCCUGCAAGUGCACGGCGGCCCAUCCAUGCCACCUCAGAUCGUGGUUCGACCGCGGGACCAGAUCACAGCUCCGGGUCGCACCGUGACCUUCCUCUGCGGCACCAAAGGAAACCCUCCGCCUGCUGUCUUUUGGCAAAAGGAAGGCAGCCAGAUCUUGCUGUUCCCCAUCCAGGAGCCGUCACAGUCGGGUCGUUUCUCCGUGUCGCUGAGCGGCGAGCUGACCAUCACGGACGUCCAGGUCGAGGACUCGGGCUAUUACAUCUGCCAGGCGAUCAGCGUGGCCGGCAGCAUCCUGACCAAAGCCCUGCUGGAGGUGGAGAGCGCACCUUCGGACCGCAUCCCACCCAUCAUCCGCCAGGGACCAGCCAAUCACACUUUAGCUCCCGGUUCCACCACUCAGUUACACUGCCACAUCAUGGGCAACCCCAUCCCCAGCAUCCAGUGGGAAAAGGACGGGCAGAGAAUCCUGGGAAACGACGGUCGAAUCAGCCUGAUGGAAAACGGGACCUUCCAGAUCAUCAAUCUUCAGGAAACGGACUCUGGGGUUUACACCUGCCUGGCUUCCAGCUCCAGUGGAGAGACGAGUUGGAGUGGAGUGCUCACAGUCAAAGAGAGUGCAGACUCGUCGGCGGCUCAGACCGCGGAGCCCUUCCAGUUGCCAGGUCCGCCGCACAAACCCAUAGUCACAGACGUGUCCAAGAACAGCGUCUCCCUGACCUGGCAACCCAAUGCCCACGAGGGAGGAGCCGCCGUCACCUCUUAUAUCAUCGAGGCGUUCAGCCAAUCAGCAGGCAGCACGUGGCAGACUGUGGCCGACAUGGUCAAAAUGGAAACGCACACAAUCACCGGCCUUCUCCCGAACACCAUCUACCUGUUCAUCGUCCGAGCUGUCAACGCCUACGGCCUGAGCGACCCGAGCCCCAUCUCAGAGCCUGUCAGGACUCAAGAUGUGAGUCCUACAGGUCAGGGAGUGGACCACAGGCAGGUGCAGAGGGAGCUGGGAGAGGUGGCCGUCCAGCUGCAAGAUCCCGUCACGCUGACGACAGCUUCCAUCCGAGUAUCCUGGACUGUUGACCGGCAGUCUCAGUUCGUCCAAGGCUACCGCCUCUUCUACCGUCCCAGCGGCGGAACCUGGCUCCUCCAGGACAUCAACUCCCCCUCGGAGCGCAGCACCGUCCUCACCGCCCUGCUGAAAGGAACCGAGUACGAGAUAAAGAUCCGUCCCUAUUUCGACGAAUUCCAGGGCAAGGACAGCCGAACGCUGCUAGUUCGGACACCAGAAGAAGUCCCCAGUGCCCCGCCGAGAGCUGUUACAGUAGCAACGGUGAAGCUGAGCAACAGCACCGCCAUCAGCGUCACCUGGGAGCCUCCACCCAGCCGCAUGCAGAACGGCAUCAUCCAGGAGUACAGGGUUUGGUGUGCGGGCAGCGGCGGCUCCGACAAUCAGACCCGUUACCACGUCAACCGGACCGUGGACGGGAACGUGUUGUCCACGGUGCUGAGAGGCCUGAUACCCGGCGUGCUCUACCAGGUGGAGGUGGCGGCGGUGACCGGCGCCGGCAUCGGCACUCGCAGUCAGCCCGUGUCCGUCCUCAUCAAGCCGCCGGCCGAACAGCCGUCUACGCCAGGCGGCGGAGGCGCCGGCACCGGCGACGGCGGCGAGGAGAGCAGCGUCAGUCUGGCCGAGCAGAUCACCGACGUGGUCAAGCAGCCGGCGUUCAUCGCGGGCAUCGGCGGAGCCUGCUGGGUCAUCCUCAUGGGCUUCAGCGUCUGGAUCUACUGCCGGCGCAAGAAGAGGAAGGAGCUGAGCCACUACACCGCCUCCUUCGCCUACACGCCAGCAGUUGGUUUUCCUCAUGGAGAGGCAUCAGGACUCAACGGACGGCCCGGCGUGCUCGGAGGCAACAUGGGCAACUACCCGUGGCUUGCAGACUCUUGGCCCACCACCAACCUGGUCCACAGCGGUAAAGAGGCCGUCAACUGCUGCACCACCAAUCACGACACAGCUGAGAGAUACUACAAUGAAGCCGGCAUCUCCAACUACUUGAACCAGACAGAGAAGUACAGCAUGGGCGGCUCCACCGAAGGUCCUAUCUAUAGCACCAUCGACGCCACCAGCGAGGACCUGCACGGCUUCACCUACGCCCAGCACACCUCCACCACCCCCUACGCCUCCACCUCCAUCAUGCCUUUCACCAACCAGACACAGGCGCCAGCACACGGCGGCGAGCAGCAGCCGGAUGACGGACACUGGAUCACCCAGCCGGGGCCCUCCGGAGCUCAGUACGCCCAGCCGGACCGCUGCAAUGGAAAGCCCAAGCAGAAGGCGAUGGGUAAGGCUGUCAAGACCCCGUCUCUGACCUGGAUGGAGGCGUUGCCCCCACCUCCUCCAAUCGGAGAGCUGGAACAGUGUGAGCAGGACGAGGAGCCCCUGGAGCACGAGGACAUGGACUUAGGUUCCGAUGAAGAGUGGUGUCCUCCUCUGCCAGAGAGGACCUAUCUGAUGGAAGGCUGCGAGGACGGGCCCCAGCCCCCGCAGAGGAACAUCGCCUCGUCUCCGGCCACCUCCUACAGCCACCAGUCGACCGCCACGCUCACCCCGUCGCCUCACGAGGAGGCCCGAGUCCCCCACGACCUCCCUCGCCUCCACCAACCGGACAGCCAACAGUUGUCACGCAGAAGGUUACCCUGCGGUCCAGUUCCAGUUCCCCAGGCGCCGAGCCCGCCGCUCACCCAGUCCAACCCCAACCUCUCUGGCCAACAGCAUCACGGCUCAUCGGAGGUUGGCACGCUGCAGUGCCAAAGUCCUGCCCAUCGCUGCCUCCACAGCCAGGGGCCGGCUCUCGAUGAAGACAGCGUCAGCGCGACUACACCCGUGCACAGUCGCUCGUCCCCAGCAGACACAAGCACUCCCCCCAACCAGAAAUCACGAGUGAAAAAAAAGGUGUCGAAGAGUUCGGCGUACAGGAGAGACAUUCAAGGAGACCUGCCGCCACCUCCAGAGCCACCGCCAGAGGAGAGCAGGUUGCAGGGCCCUCAGGGGUGCACAGAGGCCAGCAACGUGGGGAACAGCGCUCUGUCCUCCCUGGAGAGGAGCGAAUAUAGCAGCAAUAGUCACCAACGGAAAGGCUCGGGACAAAGACACGGCGAGAAUGAGGACAUGAUGGCGUACAGCAGUAAGGCUGGUUACCUCUCCAGGAGUCAGAUGUCCAGUAACUGCUCGACCACAGGAAGCUCCUCAUCUAGAGGCUCCACGGGCUCCCGCGGGCUCAACUCGGCCAGAAAACACAACGAGGAAAUGAGAUAAGGACACCAGUGACUGUCAGCGUACCUUCGAUGCCUCCAUCAUCCACCAUCUUUCCAUUGUGAACACGACGAGCUGGACAAGAGGAGAAGUUUUGGGUUUCAGGACACCCAGACUCCACGUCAUUGCUGUGAAAGAAAGACAUAACGGACUUUACAUCAUGUUUUUGGUAUUACUAUGAUUAUUUAUGAGCUACAGAGUUCACUCCUCUCCCUUGAUUUGUAAAUACCUGUGUCUGUACUGUUCUUUUGUGGGCUCUGGAUACAGGGAAAAAGAUGUAUAUUGUAUUUAUGAGGAUUAAAGUUAAAAAAACAAACAAAAAAAAAGUCUUAUUAUUAAAAAAAAGAAGAAAAAAAAGCUCGUCUUGAAUGUGCCAACCUUUUUGUCAAAAUGUAUACUUUUUGGAAAAGCAUUAACUACUGUUGCACUCUCUUGUUGUGAUGGCAAAACAACAGAAAAUACGAAGCACAAAGUGUGUUUGCUGGUCGAGAGGUGGAGGAGGUCAAGAAAAGCCAAAACGAGCGGGUUCUCGCUCCCGGGAUGGACACUUCCCCCACCCAGAACCGGGAUCCCUGCGCCCAUGUAGUCCGCUACGAAUGUCAUACUUUUCUAUGUUUCUUUUGGUUUCCCUGCAGCGAAACGUUCCGGUGUGCCAGCAGACAGACAGGCUUUAUAAAAGUUUGAUUGUAAACCUCCCUCCCCGCUCCUCCACGUCCGUCUGAGGGACUGUUUGCUGCAGUUGUGAGAUAAAAUUUGCAUAUACUCCUUCCAAAACAAACUAAAAAAUGUCUGUGGACUGACUUUUUUGUACUCUUGUUGUUUUGUAAAUGUACAAUAAAAUACAUUUGCUGAUCCAA